AUGUUGUACGGCAAGAGGAGCCAUGGCGGCACUUCCGCUUCCGCUGGGGGAGCGGCGCGGGAGCGGUGGCGGAGCGCGGGACCCUGGAACCCCCAAAAAGAGGUUUCAGAAGAGGAGGAGGAGGAGGAGGAAGAAGAACUGGACCCCGCCUCCCAGGAGGAGCUCGAGCAUCUGAACGAGGCCAACGCCGACAUUAACCGGGGGGAGCUGGAGCUGGAUGCCGCCCGCUCCGCCUAUCGCCGCAUCCUGUCGGAAUCCGCCCGGAAACUGAAUUCCCAAGGCUCCCAACUCGGGAAUUGCAUCGAGAGGGCCCGGCCCUACUACGAGGCCCGACGGAGAGCCAAGGAGGCGCAGCAGGAGACGCAGCGGGCGGCCCUGCGCUACGAGCGGGCGGUGGGGAUGCACAACGCGGCGCGGGAGAUGGUCUUCGUGGCCGAGCAGGGCGUGGCCGCCGGCAGGAACCGCCUGGAUCCCACCUGGCAGGAGAUGCUCAACCACGCCACGCGCAAGGUGAACGAGGCGGAGGAGGAGCGGGUGCGGAGCGAGCGGGAGCACCAGCGGGUGACGCGCCUGUGCCAGGAGGCCGAGGCCGAGGUGCAGGCACUGCAGAAAUCCCUGAAGCGCGUCAUCCUGCGCAGCAAACCCUACUUCGAGCUCAAGGCCCAGUUCAACCAGAUCCUCGAGGAGCACAAAUCCAAGGUGACCUCCCUGGAAAGCCGCGUCUCCCAGGCCAAGACCCGUUACUCCGUCGCCCUCCGCAACCUGGAGCAGAUCAGCGAGCAGAUCCACGCCCGGAGGCUCCAGAGGCUCCUCCAGCGCCGGGAAUCUCCAGUGGGAGCCGAGUGCAGCCCCCGCCACUCCAGCCUGGAAUCCCAAGGGGCGGAUUUGGGAGCGGAGUGCCCGGCCGGGGACUCCCUGUCCGUGCUCAGCCUCCAAACGGUCGCCUCCGACCUGCAGAAGUUCGACUCGGUGGAACAUUUGGCGGGAAUUUCGGAUGCCGCCAGCCUGGGAAGCGACGAGCUGGGAGAGCGGGAGCGGCGCCGGAGCCUCCGGCACCACCGGAGCGUCAGCCUCUGAGCCGGAAUUCCCAGCGGUUCCCACCCCCCAAAAAUACACCAGAAACUCGUCAAAA